GUCAAAAACAGUAGGCUUAACCUCUUCCUAUAUAUCUGUGGGGUACGGCCGUUGCCUCUAAUGAAAGGGGGAAAAUUAAGAAGAAAGGAGCUAGUACUACUUCGUUUGAUUAAUUUCCCAGUUUCAGAUAUUCUUGGUAAGCCAAAAUGAAAGAUCACUUAGGAUUGAUAGCCAAGCAAGAAGAGGAUGGUGAAGAAUCUGAUCUUGCUCUCUGCCUUGGAACCCUCAACCCUAAAACUCAGACUGCAGGAAAAGAAGACAAAGCUAUGAACCCCAAUAUUCUGUGCAGUACUAAACUUGAUCACGAUCUCAAUGAAGUCCCCGAUCUCUCGCUUGGUUUGGAGUUGAAACGAGCUCCGGACCGCGAAUUCGGCAAAGCUCUGAGCGCGGAUAACGCAGGAAGCAGCAGCUUGAGAGAGUCAAAGGAUGAUGAAGAUCAGCAGGAAGCCUCGCACCAAACCAACGCGAAGAGAGCUAGGGUUUCGGUGCGAGCAAGAUGUGAUGCCCCAACAAUGAACGAUGGAUGCCACUGGAGGAAAUAUGGGCAGAAGAUAUCCAAAGGAAAUCCAUGCCCGCGAGCAUAUUAUCGUUGCAGUAUUGCACCAGGAUGCCUUGUACGGAAGCAGGUGCAAAGGUGUGCAGAGGACUUGUCCAUUUUGAUCACCACCUACGAAGGAACUCAUAACCACCCACUUCCCCUCUCUGCCACGGCCGUCGCCUCCACCACCUCUGCCGCCGCGAGCAUGCUCACGUCCGGCUCAUCGACCUCCUCUGUUUAUAAUUCGAUGCAGAUGCAGAUGCAGAUGCAGAGCCAAUUCAUCCCUCCAAGCUUCUCCAUGCAAUUCCCUUCUUCUUCUUCCCACCCUACCAUCACGUUGGACCUCACUGCUCCAUCUUCAACUUCACAGUUCAGAUUCCCUCAUUCCUUCUCCACCGCCCCUUGGAAUAGCAACGUCGGACCUCUGCAGAUCGAUUACGGCAAGCGCAGCGAGAUCGCACCAUCACUGAGCCUUCCAUACUUGGCUAAAUUGAAGACUGAAUCAGCUCAGAUUCUGCCGAGCCAGCAUGCAGUACUGACGGACAUGAUCGCGGGGGCGAUCACAUCGCACCCGAGCUUCCAAUCUGCUCUGGCGGCCGCCGUAACCUCGUGCAUUGGGCGAGAGCAUGGGGCUGCUCGUGGUUUGGUCAGGGAAGGAUUGAGCUACGAUGAUGUUCAUGUGCAGCGAGAAGAGAAGAUGAUGAAGCUGCCUCAGAUGCAAUCGGUACCAAUGUACUCGACGAUAUUGAACUCUUUAAACCUGAACCAUAAUUCGCAAUAACAGAGAUCGAUCCAUGAUGGUUGUGGUGAUGGAGAUUGAUUCAUCGUACAUGUGUAUAUAUAAGUCGAAUGCCAUGCAUUUGGAUGGAUAAUGUAGUGGAUAUAUAAACGAGUUGAAUAUUGCGUUUGGAAGUACUGAACUUCUAUUUU